AUGAGCCGUCCGGUAUCAAGCCUUUCCACCGACAGUGACCACUCCGGCCUUUUCGGAUUCGAAGGAAUCAGAUUUAAAGAUGCCUCAGACUCCGUGAAACACUGUGAUCAGUGUUUUUCCCCUGAGGAAUUUGUACAGAGGAAGGCCGAACUUCGUGCCAUCCUCGACGCCACGAAAGAGGCUUCCCUCGCACAGAGUGGAUUGCAACAACAGGCCCUAAUAAAGACUUAUUACGAGAGAAGCUCUCAAAGAGACGUGUCUGACCGAGAGGGUCGGCCGAACUCUCCGAUGCCAAAAGCUUACGAAAGGCGAUUCUAUUGUGGAGGUUUCCCUACCAUCAUGCGUGAACCGAGGAAUAUAGGACCGCACCCCGACCAAAGGUUCCAUGAAAAGAUGUUGGAAAAAAUGCUAUGGGAAUCCCGCCCGUGCAACAUCUGCAUCACACAGAUUGGAGAGCUCAGCGAGCUCCGGGCAAGGAUUGAGCACAUCAAAGCCUGGGGAAAACGCUCCCACGAGGCGACUAUUCAGCAGGACAGAAUUAAUAACGAAAUAGACGACCAUAUCCAUAACGUGCUCGUCCUUGUCCCACCAGUGUGUGACAAUUCUGAGAAUUUCUCCGCCACAAUAUCCGAAGACGUAGAGAACGUCAGGGUAGCGUUUAGAAGAGCGCUGGUGACACCGAGCAGCGAACCAAAUGGGUUCGAACUAUAG